CGCCGGGCCUGCAGAUCGGCCUGGGCCGGUGUCGGGUCGGGUCCGGCUGCUGCGCUGCACAGAGCCGGGCGAUCGGCCACGGCCUGGGCUAGGCCUCGGCCUGGGCGCCUCCGCUCGCUGCGGGGAAAGACUCCGUUGUCCGAGUGGGUAGGCUGCACCGGGCCAUUGUGAGCGGCUUGGAGGGAGCCGGGAGACGCUUUGUUGCUCCGGUAAAUGGAAGAAAAUUCUGAGUCUCAUUAAUCUAGGAUAUGAGACCUUAGUUCAUUAGUUCAGACGACAGUAGAAUCUCUUGACGAUACAUUUGGCUACUCACCAUGAGAUUAGGAAAGCCUAAAGGGGGUAUUUCUCGAAGUGCAAGCCAAGGAAAAACCUAUGAGAGUAAGCGCAAGACAGCCCGCCAGCGACAGAAAUGGGGGGUGGCCAUUCGCUUCAACUCAGGCUUAAGUCGACGGAGAAGAAACGUGGAUGAGAAACCUUACAAAUGUACUAAGUGUUCUAAGAGUUUCAGUCAGAGCUCCACUCUUUUUCAGCAUAAGAAGAUCCAUACUGGGAAGAAAUCCCAUAAAUGUGGCGAUUGUGGGAAAAGUUUCUUUCAGAGUUCUAACCUCAUUCAGCAUCGGCGGAUCCACACGGGGGAAAAGCCCUAUAAGUGUGACGAGUGUGGAGAGAGGUUUAAACAGAGCUCCAAUCUUAUCCAGCACCAGAGGAUUCACACCGGCGAGAAGCCCUAUUGCUGCGAUGAGUGUGGCCGGUGCUUUAGCCAGAGUUCCCACCUCAUUCAGCACCAGAGAACCCACACCGGAGAGAAGCCCUACCAGUGUGAGGAGUGUGACAAGUGCUUCAGCCAGAGCUCCCAUCUGAGGCAGCACAUGAAGGUGCACAAAGAAAAGAAGCCACAUAAAAGGGGUAAAAAUGCCAGAGCGAAAACUCACCCCGUGUCCUGGAAAAGGGGUAAAGGAAGGAAGGCGGUGGCUGGGCUGCGCCAGGUAAAGGGAGCCGCUUCCGGCCUUUUUAAAAAGAAGUGAAAGGUAGAGGUGAAAGCCCCUCCUCAGAGGGAGGACGCUUUCCAGUAGAGCGCUUUGAUCCCGGUGCUCCCUAGCAUGGAGACAGGAGGAGCUUCGUAACAGUGGGCUGAAAUUCUGAGUCUAGCUGCCCUUAUUUCCUUUAAAAAUAAAUAAAUUUAUGUAACAUGGAGCAGAAAGAACUGAAAAAAAAUAGUUUGGUAAGAAUUUAAUAUCCUUAGCCUCAGUUGAAAUUUCUUCCCUUCGUUUUGAUAAAAAGCAUCAUGUUUUCAUGAUUCACUGGUGUGCCAAUGAUUAGUCUUGUUAUUAGGAAUUUCUGGAUUUGAAAUCAUUAAAGAAAGAAGGAAUGAGUUUCAAGUUCUAGGACCGACAACUAUAUUUUAUGUUUUUAAUGUUUUGUAGUUUAUUAACCAUUAGUAUCGGCGUUGACUCAAUAUUUGACAUAGUAAAAUGCAUUCAAGUUCAUAAAUUUUGUCUUUUUUAUUAGUGUAUAUUGUAUGAGGUAAUGAGUUUCAUUUUCUUUAAUGUGAACGAUGUAUCUUGUAUGAGGUGCUUUAGUUGUAUCCACCUGUUAACCCUCGCCCCCACCUCCUCCCGGUUCCCUUUUUCCUCCCAGAGAGUUCCCUUCCCACUUAAAAUGUUGACCCUAGAUUCUGUGAAUGACAGAAAAUGUAUUUAGUUAUGUUUUCUGCAUCUACUUUAUUGUGCUUUCUGUAAUGUUCUCCGGGACUCUGACUUUUUUUUUUUUUUUUUUUUUUGACUAAUAAUAGUAUGUCUUAGUGUUUAAGGCUUUAAUGACAACCGAUUUUGUUUGUUUCUUCCCUUCUACAUUAUUAAAGGGGUGAGAAGAUCUCCAUGUGGCUUUUCUUUUGUUUGUUUGUUUGUUUUUACCAUAUUCUUAGAGAUUUAAAAGAAUCCAAAGUGAGAAACUGCAGACCUCCUCCUCCUAACACCACUCCCUGCAAUGAUGCUGAUGCUGUUACUGCUCUGUCACUUGCUUUCUUGAAAUGGGAAUGGGUUUAUGUUGAGUUCUCUUGCAAACAGCGCCUGCAUGAAUAAACUAUGUUACCAAGAAAGCCUCGACUUCUGGCUGAAGAACGACAAUGUCAUAGACUGUGCUUUGGAUACCACUGACUGUCUGAAACACAUGUUUGUCUACAAGCUACUGGCCAGUGCACUGUAGCCCUGUUAGAACUUUUUUACUUUAUAGCAAUUGUUUAAGAAGACUAGCCGACAUCCUUCUUCCAAUGCCAAGCAUAGGUUCCUGAUCAGCCUUAGUUCAAGUUUUUGUUUAUUGAAUGCUAAUGUUUUCUGAUUUUUAUAUCAGUUCUUCCUGUAUUAAUGACAAUUAUCCUUAAGAAUAAAAAUUGAGAUAUUUUCGCAUA